GGAGGUGACGGACCUGCUCCUCUGGGACUCGGCUACAGCUUUACUGCUAGGUGCUACCACCGGGCUCGACUCACUAAACGGUCCUCAGCUGUAAAAUGCACAAUUAGGCGCCGAGCAGCCGCCUUGUUAGCUGUCACAGAGCGCCGCGAGGAUCUCCACGGUCACGGCUCCACUUGUCGGAAAUCUGGACUAACUGUGAGAGGAGGGGGAGAAAAAAAAGAAGGAUUCAUGAAGAUUCUGUGCAGCUUUAUCGAGCAGAACGCCUGGAUUAUCUGAUUUGGGACGGAGCGUUGAAACAUUGCAAAGACGAAGACUGUUUCUCUGUUGUGCCACCACCGUGUCCAACCGUAGCCUGCGACGUGUUUUGUUUUUUAGCUGGGACAGCAGUUUUCGGAGGUCAGGUCAUGGCGGACCAAGAAGAGACUUUUGCCCUUGAAAACUCUCCUAGUGGUUCGGAUUCAAGGGAAGUACAUUCCGAUAAUAAAUCAGAGAAACAGAACGGGACCUCAAACAAAACCUCAUCAUCUCAGACUUACAUUCAGCAGGGAAUGGAGGGAAUAAAAGUCUACCUGCACGAGAGGGAACUCUGGGUAAAGUUUGACGAGGUGGGGACGGAGAUGAUCAUCACCAAAGCUGGAAGGCGAAUGUUCCCCAGCUUCAAAGUGAAGGUCGCAGGAUUAAACCCCAAAACUAAAUAUAUUCUCCUGAUGGAUGUUGUUCCUGCGGACGACCAUCGAUACAAAUUCGCCGACAACAAAUGGUCUGUGACCGGGAAGGCAGAGCCCGCCAUGCCCGGCAGGCUCUACGUUCACCCGGACUCUCCUGCCACGGGGGCGCACUGGAUGAGGCAGCUCGUCUCCUUCCAGAAGCUGAAACUGACCAACAACCACCUGGACCCGUUCGGACACAUCAUCCUAAAUUCGAUGCACAAGUAUCAGCCGAGGAUCCACAUAGUGAAGGCAGAUGAAAAUAACGGCUUUGGCUCCAAAAACACGGCCUUCUGCACGCACGUCUUCCCCGAGACAGCCUUCAUCGCGGUUACGUCCUAUCAGAACCAUAAGAUAACCCAGUUGAAGAUUGAGAACAAUCCGUUUGCAAAAGGCUUUCGUGGAAGUGAUGACAUGGAGUUACACCGGAUGUCCAGAAUGCAAAGUACCAAGGAGUAUCCAGUAGUGCCUCGCAGUACGGUGCGCCAGAGAGUGGGCUCCAGCCAGAGCCCGUUCAGUGGGGAGGUCCAGGGCAUGGCCACCCCGAGCGCACUGAGCUCCCAGUACUCCCAGUGUGAGAACGGGGUCACAAGCACCUCACAGGACGUGCUGCCUCAGUCGGGCUCCUACCCCCUGCCACAUGAGCAGGGCCAGGACUACCACUGCAUCAAGAGGAAAGUGGAGGAUGACUGCCACUCAGGUGAGCAGAGCUAUAAGAAAGCCUAUCUGGAGAGCUCGUCCAGUGAGGAGGACCAUUACUACCGUCCGGUUGGCUAUGCCCAGAGCCUCGGCCUGGCCGGCGGGCCCUACCGCAGUGAAUCCAGCCAGCGGCAGGCCUGUAUGUACGCCAGUGCCUCGCAGGGUGCUGAGCCAGUUCCUAGUUUGGAGGACAUCAGCUGCAACACUUGGGCUAGCGUUUCACCCUAUGGAAGUUGCUCCGUCACCACCAUGCAGCCAAUGGACCGGCUGCCCUACCAGCACUUCUCUGCUCACUUCACCUCAGGGUCUCUGGUGUCCAGACUUGGCGGGGUCGGGGGCCACGCCUCUCCGCAGCUGGGCGAUGGCCACCACGCUGCCAUGUACCAGAGCUCCAUGACCCACCAGUCUCUGGGCCGCCAGUGCAGUCCUGGGGCUGGGAUCCAGUCGCCAGCAGCUGGCCUCCAGGGAAACGAGUACCUCUAUACACACGGCAUACCACGUACACUGUCGCCACACCAGUACCACACAGUACAUAGCGUGAGCAUCAUGCCAGAGUGGAACGAGAACAGCUAGAGCUUCUUUUUUUUUCACACUCAACAGAUAAAAAUAUUAAAAUGAAAAACAAAAAGGACCAAAACAAGGCAGGGUUUAGAUGAAUUUAUAUUUAUAUUUUUAGAGGAUGUGUUGCUGAUCAUCCUAUUGAGAUCAGUGUUGGUUUACUGACAGCAGUGGAUAUUGGUAAGAUUUUGUUAAAUUAGGAAAGCAAGCAUCUUAUCACUUAACUUGUGACAGCAUCUGCACUUAUAAGCAAAUAACACACACAUGAACAAAGAGGAGACGGACCAGAACAUGUGCAAAGACUGCUCAAGUGCAGAGAAAGCGAACACAGUGGAAAUUCAGACGCUGCCCCGAAGAACACAGAAAAAGGUUCAGUUGCUUUGCCAGCGGUCCCCAAGUUCAUGGUGUUCUUGUGCGAUGGUGUUUUUUGGAUGUCAAAGUAAAAAAAUUAUUAUUUUGUAUUCAUGUCCAGUUUUUGUGUAGAAAAAAGAUUUUUGUCUUCUUUGUCACAUUAUCCAGAGUUCUCAUUUUCUUUCCUUUUUUUGUAGUUAACCUACUUUAUAGUCAAAUUGCAAUAAGUUCAGAAUGAAUGAGCAGAUGGGAGCUUUUGUUGUGGCUCUUGGGAGAAUUAGCUUGCUCUUAAAUCAGUCCUGUAGCUGGGUACAUUUAAUCUUAAUGCCAUUAUGAGAAACAAGACAGUAAAGCUCACAAGUAGGACAGAACUUAAAAUGAAUAGUUUAUUCAUGCACGGACAUUUGGAGCACACACCCUCAGUGUUCAAACUGGAAACAGUGUUACAACAAAGCAGUGGUGAGCUCAGAGGAAGCACAACAAUGUAGCAACAAUGACAUUUCGGUGACAUUAAAGAAUACAGUAACAACCUGAACCAUAUUUCCCCUGUUUUUGCCAUCACAUCCAAAAUUGAAUCAAUUGAAAUGUAAUCCACUCAAUCUGUGAAAACAUCACUCAAACCCUGAGGAACUGAUUUUCUUUUCACACCGUUACUUGACCUGCCUACAUCCAGCUCUCCUAUUCACUGUCAGAUAUUCAUACUAACACAAUGACGCCCAUUUACAGAUUUUCGGUUGAUUUGAGAUUGAUACAGAUUCACAACAAGCAACAAAAGAAUAUAUAAUACAACACCAAACAUAUUGUCUUGAUCUUCUAGUAUGGAAGAAUUUUAGACUUCAAGUCAUCAUAUGUCCAGAAAAAACAAAUGAAUGUGAAGAUUUUCUCUGUGUCUGUAAGGCGAUGGGUUGCUAACACAUUACUACGUCAUAAAGGUGAUAAUAUGUCAGGGUUGAGCAGUUGUUGCCUUGUUGUGGUGUUCUUCUGACUUCAAGUGGCCAAAACAAUAAAUAUGAAUGCAGCUUUAAGGGGUUGCAAUUAUUGGAUCACAUCUACAUGAAGACUAGUAUUUGGAAUGAGACUGUCAUUAAGUUGAAAAAGCCAUGUGUUGAUCAGUGUUUAAGUUUGAGAUAGUGUUGAGAAAUUCAGAUGAGAAUACCAGAUUUUUGAACAUUGAACCCAGAUUUAAAACAUGUUUUUGAAAAAAUUAGCAAACACUUUAAACUGUUACUUUGAUUUGGGUUAACAUCAUAAAUACUGCAAUUCCAAAAACAUGCUCCGUUUUAACAAAUUGCCACAGUUGCCGAAACACAUUUCAGAUUUUAUUUACAGCUUUCGGUACAUUGAGCAGUACAGUACCGCGAGAAUGGAGGAACAACUGACAUUAGUUAUAAUCCAUCGUGUAGUGCAGAGGGCUCAUGAUGUGCCAUCAAAAAACAACUUGCAAAAUUAGAGAACUGCUAUUUUAUUUUUUUGUUCCAAAUUCUACAAAAAAAGCUUAACUACACUAAACAAAUCAUAAGAUAAGGCAAUCAUAUGAAGUGGAACUAUGGCACCAUGCAAAUAUUUUAACAUUUUCAAGAAAAUCUGGUCUGAAAAAAAAGUCAGUGUACAGCCAUAAAGUGUUUAAAAUGUUACCCCGCUGCCCAUUCUGACCCCAUCCCGCUUUGUGAUGUUGACACACCGGUAUAUUGGUUGGCAAGAAUACAUUAAUGGAUGCUAACAUGCUACCUGGCAUUCAAAGAUGGCACUUCCACCACAGUCUGUGUUGUGCAUACAUGUAGCUUGUUACAUCGGAAGAAGUCUAAAUCUAAAUAUUAGUAAUUAUUUGAAUUGUUAUUAUUUGGACCAUCCAUUGGGGAAAUAGGUGUGCCAAACUACAGCAGUGCAGUAUUUACUGUAAUUUCAGAUAGUAAAUAUUUUUUGCCCUCUUUUCUUGACAUACGGUAACAACCCUGCAAAGUUUGAAGGAGAUUUCUUAUCUUUUUGUAUAAGCUCUACUUGUAUGUUUCAUGCAGUCUCAUGCUUUACUCAGUGAACGUGUAUGCUCCCAAAUAUUUUGUAUUAAUCCCCAAAAUGGCACUUCUCUGACAAUCAAGCUAAAUCGACACUACCACACAGAUUGUAAAUUUGAAAACGUCAACAAAAUUUACUUGAUACACAUUGUGAAGCAGUUUCACCAUACACAUGAGUGUAUGUUAGAGGUAUGUUUUACAUGUGGACAAAGGCAACUUUUUAAAUGUGUAUAGUUGAUAGAAUACUAUUUGUCAAUAGUAUUUAUUUUUCAACUAUGUAACUUAGCUUGCUCCUGCAUGUGUCAAAGAUAGAUGGUCCCAUUUCUUUUUUUAUAGCCUGUUUUUUUUAUGAUUGUUUAUAGAAUUUUCUAAUCAUACGUAAAUAGAAAUCAGGAGAUUACUAUACAGCUGUCAAAAAGCUAUCAAAAUAAGAUUGAAACACAUGGAUAACUUUGUAAAUACACAUGUACAUAACAGAAUACC